UUGAAUUAAGUGUGGUAAAACUUCUUUACAACUAUUAUAUUUCGGAUAUUGCUUGACUGAGAAUGUUGUGAAGAAGUAGUUAAUUUAUUAAAACUUCUGCUGCAUACCACAUUAUGUCUUUAAUUAGUCUAGAAUUCGAUAAUCGUGAAAAGGUGUCAAGAUUGCAUGGCAACUAACUAUUGCAUUGAUUAUUUAUAUAAUGUUACUCAUUCGAUUGUCAUCGUUCCCAUAUAUGUAAGUGUCCAUUCACUCUUUAAUAUCCCAUUCAUAUGAUCAAAACUGUAUAGUAGAUGCGAAACAAGGGGACAAAAAAUAACCUCUAAGACAUGAGGACAUUUUAUCCUGCAACACAAAUUUCCUUGAUGUAGCUCUGAGAAGGCAUCUACGUAUAUCUAGUGAUUAUUUCUCGUCGUUUUUUUUUUCUAUUACCAAUUUUGCCGUAUAAUUCAAGCCUUAGCCUUGACAAUCGUACUACGGUCAAAGACUUAUGUUCUCGAAUUUUAAUAUAGUACUUGUUUACCUAUCUUGUUAUGUAGGUGGCAUCUAUACGCAAGGUCGUAUUAUUGGUCAUGCUUAGUAUGAGACUUAAUUUCCAUCGGUCCACUAGUGUUUUCGGCCAACGAUUCAUAAUUUAAGAUAAAGUCGUCGUCUUAGUGAUUUUUCUGCAAAUUAAAAUUCAAGAUGAGUAGUGCACGUGGAAAAUGGACAACAAUAAACGCAUGCUCCUGCAGCGUUACCAGCAGGACAUCAUCAAUGAUUUAGACGUCAAUUAUAUCGUUGAUGAGUUGUACACGAAACACGCGAUUUCGUCAGAAGAAGUCGAACAUAUUUUUAGACUGCCGAGCCGUGUCGAUCAAACCCGAUUCUUACUUGAAACGAUUCGUAAUGGUAACAACGGAACUUAUGAAUCGUUUGUGGAUAGCUUGAUUAAAGACUACAAUUGGCUUUGGAAGAAAUUUACGGUGGAAAAUAAUAAUCCGAUGCCUAAUGAUAGCCUUGAGGACAGUCUCAGCAAAGGGGAUGUGCCGAGACUGCCUGACCAUCACGCGAGGAGGGCGAAAAUAGAGGAAAAUGUAGCAGAGAAAUUAAAGCAGCUUCCGCGGCACAAGAUCCUGGUUCUCCACGGCAUGUCAGGGUCGGGAAAGACCUGUGUGGUCCUCUCAGUGCUACGGGACAACCCCGACCUAGUCACGAACACAUUCAACGGCGUCGUGUUUUGGCUCAACUUUGGGAACUGCAAGACUGAUGAUGAUAUCAUUUUUCAACAAAGCAAAUUAUUAAGAAAAGCCUCCUCAAUCUACACCCAAAAUUCGUACAUGAACUCAUCGGUUUCCAUGUCAAGUAUCGGUUCAAAUGGCGACAGUCAUUCUUCAUCUACUUAUGAAUGGACGAUGGAUGAUCUGCGGGAUAAAUUGAAAGCUCAGUUCUCGGAACAACCCUUGAAGGAAUCCCUUUUGGUGCUAGACGAAGUGAACGAUAAGAAAUGUUUAGGUGCCUUCGAUAUCGGAUGCAAGAUUUUGGUGACGACGAGAGAUACUGAUGUUGUUGCCAAUUUUCAUCCGCAAAUUAUAAAGAUUGAAAAUAGUUUGGAAGAAAGGGAGUCUUUAGAAAUAUUUGCGUCUUCACUGGACAUGCAAGUAGCUCAACUACCUUGGCAGGCGAAAAAACUCCAUGAAAUAUGUAAAGGCAGCCCGUUUAACAUCGGCCUCAUCGGUGCUCAGUUGGCAGAGAAUAAGGAGAGGUUGAUGCAUGACCCGAAACGCUGGAACUAUUAUAUUAAGAAAUUGCAGAAUAAGGAACAUUUCUUAUUUAUCCCGAAAAACCAAGCAUACAACCCAAGACUCACAAUCGAAGUAUGCUGUAACUCUCUAAACGAGACAGUCUUACCACUAUUCAAAAAACUCAAAAUCUUACCCGACAACGUCAAAGUAUCAGCUAAAGUAUUAAGCAAGUUAUGGAAUAAGGAUGCCGGGCAAGUGGAAUCAAUCAUCAAGGAACUCCACAGCAAGUCUCUUAUAUCUCAAUUCUACGACAGAGAACAGAGGAACUACAUGUACGAGAUACAUGACCUCAUAAUGGACUACUUACGAAGUACCGGCGAAGAUGAAAGCAAGCUACAUGCGGAGUUUCUAAAUAGCUACAAGUACUACAACACGAAUCCUCCCGUAGAAAUCGUCGAUGAUGGAUACAUAGCUUUCUUUAUCGGCUACCAUAUCAAACAUACGAAGAACUUGAAUGAUAAGUACGGUUUGUUCAACAAGUUGUUCCUGAAUUUGAAGUUCUUGGGGAAUAAAGUCAGGUUGACGGGACCAGCUGAUGUGAUGUCUGAUCUACAGAAGUAUGAGAAUAAUAUUGUUACAAACGAGUUAGAAAGGGACCUGCUAAUCAACAUCAGAGGUUUCCUAAGCACGCACGGAACUGACCUCUACCAUUACCCAUGCACUGAUAUAGUUCAAAGUAUACUGCAGAAUGACUCUAGAGGCAUUCUAUAUUCUAAGGCGUCGCAAUUAGCUCAAGAGAAUUGCAAUAAGAACGAACUGUAUUUUGAGUUUCUACAUGAACACAAUGUUGAUGAGAUUAAACACUCGACAAUCGAUGUGAAGGAAACGAUCACGGCGGUGUGUUUCCUUGGCGACUAUGUACUUGUUGGUACUAAUUCGGGCGUGAUUAAGUUCUUCCACAUCCCAACGAACAAGCUCCGCAAAGAGCUCCGUGGUACAGGGUCUCCCAUCAAAUGGAUCGGCGUGGCGUGUACCAAGUCACCGCCGAUCGUCGCCGCGCUUGCGUACGACGGCGUUGUCAAGCUAUGGUACGUCGAUGACGUAGACUAUGAUGAUACUGAAGAUGUCAUUGAAGAAGAAUCAGAAGAGGUAUGCAACAAAAACUACGCAGACACAGAAACUCUAUUCGGGGCCUACCUAAACUGCAGAUGGACCAACAACGAGGAAUACCUAAUCAUGCACACAAACAAAAAGAUCAGCUUCUAUACACCACAGCGUCACAAGACUAAUAAAAUCGUCAAACCUAUUCAAGAUUUUGAGAGAGACCGUGAAGUGUUGUGCUGUGUGCCUUGUAAUCAUGACAAGUAUGUAUUUGUAGCGACGGACGGGAAUGCCCGCUGUGUGGAGGUUAUUGAUCUGAAAACAAAAGAACGAGUGAUCACGUUUGAAGAGACUGAUGUAGUAUUAGAUAUGGUUACGGUUCCUGGUAGCAACAAAAUCAUAACGCUGAAAGCCAACGAGAUUUCAGAACACGAAGUCAAAGUGAACAUCAAUUCUAUGAAAUCAAACACUUGGCGUUGCCGGCGAGUCAUAGCAAGCGACGAUAUCAAGGAUAACCUCUCAUUCUUGUCCAUUGCUGUGAACAAAACUGGAACUUUACUGUUCGUCUCGACAGAUGACAGCAGAGUCGUCUGUGUCGACUUGAAAACUUAUACAAGAUCGUUUGACCUUGAGAAUCGAAGAGGGAACGUAGUGGCAAUGGCAGUGAGUGAAAUGUUGAUGUGGGAUGAUUUCGAACCUGGCUCGGACGUCCUGCUAACAGGCACGGGUUGUGUCGAAGAUUCCGCCAAAGUAUGGUACUUGGAUGCUUCGUAUAUAUCGCAGAUGGCACAACGGAACGGAAGAGUGCGUUUAACAACGAAAUUCGAUGUCAGUUUCGUCAACCCAGUUUCGCCACAGAGUCCGAAUCUUCCCACGCCCAACAGUGGGACGGAGAGCGCCAACAACACUCCAAAACGGCAUCAAUCUUUCGCCAACCACAAGGAAGUUUCUAAAACAUUACUGAAAAACACAAUGAGUCUUGAUAGACAUUCUUUAAAACCGCUGAAUUUGUCGGGAAUUUGUAACAAUAAUGAUGGAGUGUUACAACCUCUGUUGGCUGUUGUGGAUGAUAAGAAUAAUAUCCAGGUAAUGCGCGGAAGGAAAGUCCUUACAGAAAUAACAGAGAAAUCGGACGAAUACAUCACUCGAGUGAAAAUCUCUCCGUGCAACCAAUACAUCAUUUACGGUCUAAAAUCCGGUGCUAUCAAGAAGUACACACUCCGCACUAAAGAGAUUAUCACGAUCAUGGAUGUGUACAGUCCAGUGCAGUACUUGAACUUUGUGAACCCAAACCUAAUGAUUGUUGCCGGCAAAAAUACUAGUUUGAUGGCGUACAAACUGACGUCGGCGGGAAACUGGAAGCCAGAAAUGAUGCAGAGAGGGAACAAUAAUCUUGGAUCGCAAGAGAUACUUAAUGAUAUUCAGGGUGUGAAGAAAAAGAAUGGCCACCUAGAACGGCUAUCAAGCUCGAGCAGUGAAACGAGUAUUUGCUCUAGAGACCGCGCUUUCCCAAAUGGUGACGUCAAAAGCCUUUGCCGAGGCAGUGUACUAGUCGACUGUUUCUGGAUUCCAGACUUAGGAAUCAUUACAGUAGAAUCUAACGCUACUAUCAAGCUUUGGGACAAGAAUUUGAAGCUCCUAACAAUACUGAACGGGCGGCAAGUCGAUGUGAUAAUCAGCUCUGCGGCGUUCAGAAGCAAUAUUCUUGUGAUCACCGAUAAACAUAAUAAGGCUUUCCAGACAUUCGAACUAAAAAUUAAUGAUGAAGUAGAACUGGAAACGAUUCAAGAAUACAGACUGAAUAACGUCAUCGUGUCGUGUGAGCUGACAGCCGAUGGCAAUAUCCUAGCCAUGGGGCUCUGCUCCGGGAGUGUUGUGGUAUGGAACGUGAAAGGAAGGCGGCAACUGAGUCUUCUAAAACACCACAAAUCCAAAGUCCACUGGUGUGCGUUCUCGCCGGUUCCAGAACGUUCCAACCGCAACUCGUUCCUAGCGUCUUCACCCCACCCAAUACAUUCGCCGACGCAAGACGAUGACGUUGAUACUGAAAACCCACCGCUCGUGUUGGUCACCAUGGCAACGGAGAUUGUUUGGUGGAACAUCACGCAUGUUAUGAAGGCGAAGAAAUUCAAAAUUGGAAAGAUAAGCUACAACGCUAUGACACCGAUCGGCAGUCCUCUUGAGAGUAGAUGUGAUACGCCAAAUACAAGCUUUAAUUCUGGUUCUUCAUCAAACCGCAAUGUUUUCUUCGGCGACAGUUACUUUGUGCCACAUCAAUGCUGGAAGGCUAUUUGGAAAGGGAAAACGUGCAAAGAAGGUUCUAAGAGGAAGGAAAUUCUAGCAUGCAUCAAGCUUUCAGGUAUGAACGCGAAGAGGCUAAGCCACGACGAUAAGUUCUCAUGCUUCGUCACAGUCGACAACCCUGGUCACAUCCAUAUCAUGAACGUAAUGAGGUCGAAUAAUACAUAGCAUUCUGCUAUUGCCAUACUAUCUAUAUACAAGAACUACGCAUAGCUAAAUGUCGUCAACUGUCAUACUGUCCUUCUCAUUGUUAAAUAAAAUCUAGAGACAAAUAUACAGUUUAGAACGACACUUAACUAAGCAUCGUUGUUCAUUACAGCUGUAAGUUGCAUGCAGCAAUAUCCAUACUUACACUCUUACUGCCCUAUAUUGUUUGAUAAAAUAUAUAUACUUGUAGUAUAAAAAUAACCCCAAAUAAUAUAUGCUAGACCGGAUUUAGAUUUAAUUUAACAUUGAACAAACUAGUUUAGCCAGCUAAUUUUGAAUGUCGUCUCUCUUGUCAAAUGAGAGGCAUUGACAGUCCUUGCAAGUUGUUUAAAGAACAGGUGUCAAGUUUAUUGAAAUCUCAUUGAAUAUAAUUAGGAAUCGAGUUCUAAGCUAUGUAUGUUUAAGUAUAUAUCAACAUAAAAACAAAGGAAAGACGAAUAUGAAGCAUAUCAAUUUAUGAAUCAACUACUUGAAGACGUAAAUACCUUAUCACUGCCUUUAAUGCAUUUAUUUUAUUUUCACGUAAGGUGCUAAACAAAUAAUUUUACGUUUAACACAUUUUUAUUUAAAGAAUUACUCUUUAAAUAAAAUAAAAAUGUGUUAAUAUAAGAUUUGGGAAUCACGAAUGUGUAAGUUUGUCUUAUUUUGCGGUCAAAGUAUUGAUCAUAUCAUUUGCGACUUUACAACUAAUAGCUCUUUGCUUUCUCUCUCACUCACUCUCUAUCUAAAUGAUAGAGAUGAAAUGUGGAAGAUGGGAGCUUACAAAUUGGAAAAACAUUUAUUUUUAGCAAUAUAUUUUUCAUUUAAAGUUAACGUUCUUACAAUCACCCUCCUUGCAACUUACACAUUGUUAGUCCUAAUACCUUUCAUAUGAGCCUAUAAUACUCGAAUAAGUUUUUACUCAAACAAAAUAACAUUUAUGGUGCCAAUUUUUACUAUUAUGAUGAGAGUUGAGUAGCCAAGAUCUCUACAAUAAUGCAUUUUAUUUUCUAAGUAAUAUAUAUCAUUUUUCAACAACUACUUUGUUUCAUCGAACGUCUACAUCAUAACGCCGCUCGAGCGUUGGUAUUUGUCUGCCAUUGUCGCAUAGAUGCUACAUCAAAUAUGUAGUGUCAAGCGAAACGCGACUUUAAGACUUAAAUGUAAAAUUGGUAUUAAAAUAAUAAUUUUCUGAAAUGCAAAUACAUAGCGUGAGUCGAAGAAUUUAUUUAGUGUGAAAAGAUUAUUCCAAGUUUUUUUUUAUCUCAGUAGCGUAAAUGAUCACUAAAACUAGAUUACUAUUUUUCUACUAGUCCUGUGCAUUUUCAUUAAGUUUUCGUAUGGAUAUUGUCCCAUGUAGCAUUAUUUAUCAUGAACAAACUGUUACUUUAGUAUAAUACGUAUAAGUACGAGAUUAUUGUAAUCUUAAUCCCACCAGUUUCGGUAUGCUUUAUUUGAUUUGGGGUUCGGCAUCCGGUGAUAGGAAAGUUCAAUUGUUUUUACUUUUAAAUAUAAAAUUUAAAUAACCACUGGAUUCAAAUACCAAGUCAAAACGCUACGACAGUUAUUGUUUUUGUUCGUUAGAUGAUAAUUAUAAUAUUAAUAUUUUAUUAUGAAUACUAGGGUAUUAUCACCCUAUCUGUAUUCUUGAAUAAUGCAAUAAUAUAAAAUAGUCUAGAUAGAGAUGUACCGACUUAUGACUUAAAGGUAAAUUAAUGCUAUAAAUAUUUUUAUAGCGACUCUAGUGAGAAAGAUUCAUUCAUAAAUUAUGCAACGGUUUAGUUACACAUAAUUUUGGGGUCGCCCGACUAGUUUCGGACUCAACCGGAGUCCUUAAUCAUAAGCUGAUGGGGAUGGCGAGUCGAACGCGUCAACGACCCCACUGAAACUAGGCAGAGAAUCCUGUUAAAUAGUGCGAGGAAACCGUUUUAUUAUUUUAUAAGUAAAAAAAAACAAUUUGAAGUAAAGCAAAGAAUACGAAAAUAAAAAGGGGGUAUUAUAGUCUUUUGCCAUACUAGAUUGUGUAAAAGAGAUGGUGCUACUUGCUAUAUGAAUUCAUCUUUGUCUAUUACUAGAACAAAUGUGGAACAAAGACUCAUAAUAUGCCCUCUACAGUCAGAUAACAACUCGGUUCAUCUCUUAAAUAAGAAAAAGUGAGUAACAUAGUUUAUGUAUGAAUUAUGUGCCAUUUUUCGGUUCUAAAACAAGAAUAGAAUAAUCAAAAAAUGUUUUUCGGUAUUAGAAAAUUAUAUUACAACUUUUUUAUUUAAUUAAAUUUAUUAAAAGUACAUUUUAUUGGUCAUACCUGUAGUCGAAUGUGCUAAAUUGUCAAUGAAAAUAUAUAAUGUUUUGAUAAGUUUUCAUAUCACGUAUUUGUCAUUGCGUAGGGCAAUUGUAUUCUUAAAUUUGUAAUUAUUUAAGUCCAUGAUAGAUCUCUCCAUUAAAUAUAGGUAUAUUUUUAAUUAUGAACUAAAAUAUUGUAAUGGUGCUUGAUAAUAAGAUAUAGUUAAAUCUAGUUUAUAAAUCCGGCAACUCUAAUCAAGUAUCGCAAUAAAUAUUAUUCGCGAUGAUGAAAGACAUAAAUAAUUUAUUUGUUUAAUAUGAGAGCUCAAAUAUUGAAGACUAAAGUGACUAGCGCACAAAGGUAAAAUCAAUGGGCACAAUAUUUUUAGUGUCAAUUUUGAGUAGUAAGUUUAUAAAUUAAUUCUAACCGGACAGACGAUAAUUACUUAAAUUUGUCACACCAAAAAUGUAUUAUCCGUUUACCGUCUAUCCGUAACAAAAAAUACUAUAAAUUUGAAACUCAUCAGGAGCUAAAAGUAGUAGAAGAUCAGGCCAUUAUUAUAAAAUUGCAUAUUAAAAUUCAAUUUUAGAGUUGCCGUAUAAAUAUUCUUUAUACGUAAAAGAAUGUUUAUGAGACUUUAACCUUUUGCUGUAGUGGUUAUUCAAUGUUACGUUAUUAUUUUAGAAAAUUAUUACUGUAUCUUCAUUUUUGUCACUCGGCAUAAGGUUAAUAAAAUACCUGCCAAAUGUGUGUUGUUAGGAUUGGGUUCCGUAGUCAGUUUUAUAUACGUAACAACUUGUACUAGGCUAAUAUUAAAGUGUUUUAUAUCCUUGACUCAAUCCAAGAUCCGCCUAAAUAGUGAACAAAAUAUUAUUAUUUAUUUCCGUCGUAAGUCAGUUUUUACCCUCAUAAUCUCAUAGUGAUUGAAUUUUCUAGAUUGCGGAACCCAAAUGUUUAUAAUGCUCAAUUUGUAUUUUACAAAUAUUGUAUAAAUUUAUAAUAUAAUGAUUUUAGACUCAGCAUAAUUGAUCAAAUGUCAAUGCAAUUUUCUACCAUCUUAAUUUUUUUUCAGGUAACAUCGAAAUUAUAUUUUACUAUGAUAAUUGGUUUUUGUAAUAAGGCAAA